UCCGCCUCGCGUGACGUCACGGCUCACCUGUGGGUGGGUGUCGGAUCUGGGAUUAGCUGUAGCCGCAGGUAAUAGCCAAACAUUGGGAGACUCACGGCAACACAGUGCUACAUACCACAAGACAAGAGUUUUACAAAAACGGAGACGACGCUUAAUGAGCUGAGUUGCUCGAUUGAGUCAGCCGACUAUAGGUUUGCAGAGUGUGUUGUUUAUUGGAAGUCACCUGGAAGUCUGUGGGCGUCACAGAUCUUCCAGUCUUUCUUUCUGUGUUUGAAGCGCUAGCAGAAGUUUUCUCUGUGUGAGACUUCCGCGGUUUGCUCGCCGAACAAGUUAUCCGGUGAUAAAAGACAACCACAAGUGUUUCUUCUUAUGCGGUCCCAGGUAUUCUGAGCCAUGCCUGGCCACAGCACAGGGGCUCCCCAGGUGUCCCGCCACCACAAGCACCACAGCUCCAACUCCAGGGCAGACAAGCACCGAACCGGUCGGACUAUAUCCAGGGACAGCACGGCCAGCCAGGACUCCUACAAGGAUCCUCACGAGCAUCACACUGACCACUCCCGGUAUUCAGAGAACAAGUACGGUCGCAGCAAAGGCCACCCGAGGAAUGGCACCAAUCGGGGCUCGGAGACUAUAGGAUUUAUUCCUGGGUCGGCAGACAACGCGCCUGCCAGCAGACAUGCCUGUGGCUCCUGUGCCUCCAUGGGCUGGAGUGGCUGCAAGGCUCUUAUCUGCUGUGUACUGACCUGUGGAUUUUAUGGCAGCAGAGAGCCCUGCCUGCCUGUCAACGAAAGCUCCACAGACCAUCCCCCUAAAGUAGGCAGCGAGCCUCACCCUCCCAACGGCAUGGCUGUGAGCAACCCCACCUGUGGCGUCCCUUUGGAGUCCAGCAAGUCUACCAAAGCCUCCAAGCUGCCCACGAGCGACAGCUUCCGCUACCCAGAUGUGCGCAUCGCAGGUCAGACGGUCAGGUACACGGUUGCUGCCCCCAAACGAACCCGUGUGGCCGGCAAGGGAGAAAGCCAGCGGCCCAUCAGCAACACCAGCCUGCUGUCCCGCGAGGACUAUGACUUGGACGACCUGAGCGACACGGGCACAGACAUUGACUCUCUUAUCACCAAGAAGCUGCUGGAGCUCUACGCCCUGCACCAGAUCGACCAGCUGGCCAAGUGCACCUCCGACUCAUCGUUCUCCCGCAAGACCAACGAGAUCAGCGAGCUCAUCUACAGCAUCGCCCAGGACUACAACCUGGAGGAGCAGGAGGCCGAGUGCAAGCUGGUGCACGGGGUCAUCCGCAUCAGCACGAGGAAGGGCAAGAGGAACAAGAGCCACCAGUCGACGGGGCAGCGUCCCAACGGGAGGAGUGACGGGACUCUCCCCGACAGCGGCAACGAGACCAUGACCAACACUUUUAGCAGUGACUUUCCAGAGGUGAAAGUGUCCGAACAGACGCCAUCGGAUGAGCUGGCGAGGAAAAUGAGACUUAACAGCGGGAGAACUCCUUCUCUCACAGCGUUCUCCUCCAGCACCGCCACAGCCUACUCGCCCUACCAUCACGGCACCGAAACAGACUUUUCAGGCGCUCCUCUUCUCCUCUGAAGGGUGACGCAGACACAAGUGAUGUAGCCAACUAAAUGGACGAUGUUAUCCUUCUGCUAUUGUUUUGUUGUUGUUGUUGUUGUUGCUGUUACUGAGUGGAGCACCUUUUACCCUGGGCGGUGGUACUUCUGCUUUUAGUGGUCCGGCUAAUGUUUGCUAUUGGAGUGUCAUUUAAUAAGUUCGUGGGACCUUUUUGCUCUCCAGCAAAUGACCCAGCUGAGGAAACAAUUAUUUUUUUACACAGGGAAAGACAAUGCAGGUUGUUAUGUAUUUGUAUGCAGCGUUUAAAGUUGUUUUCAGAAAAAGAAACAUGACUACACUCCAUGCAAUCUCAGCAGUGAGGCCGGAGGAUAGAGACUGAUGGUAGAACGUAACCGUCCUCAUUCUUGUCUGUGAUUGUUUAUACAAGCCAUUGUGCAUGUACCGUACGUAUGUAUAUAUGGGCUUAUUGACUCCUGCCAGCUAGAUUCCUUGAAAGCAUGUUUUGACUGUUUGACUGUUUGAUUAUUUUAACUGUAUUGUUAAGCCAUAUUUUGAUGUACAUAUUUUUAUGUCAAUGUUACUCUCUGGGUUUUUAAACCGUUUUUUAUUCAGACAAGUCCUGUUUUUAACAAAAUAAAAAGCUCCUCGCUUG